ACAGAGGUAUCAUUUUAUCAGUAAAUAAUGACAACACUUAUUAUAACAAAGUAGAAGUAGAUGAACAUUACAGCAAUGAAGAAGAAGGAGAGGGGUAUUACAGCUUUACCCUAGAUAAACAGAUCCCUAGAAGUGCUGUUCUUAAGAAAGAAUUUUAUGAUUACGUUGAAAAGGGACGAGAAGUAGGAGGAAAGCUCGAAUUGGAAUUUGCAAAAUUAAAGACUGGUCUACAGAAACCAACGCAUUCAGCUCUGAAGCCUGGAAAUAAAUUAAAAAAUAAAUACAAAAACAUGUAUGCAUAUGACGAAACACGUGUAGUCAUUGAUGUACUUGAAGGAUCCCCAUUUUCUGAUUAUAUCAACGCCUCGUUCAUACAUGGUUAUGGACAAGUCAGAAAGUAUAUAGCUUCACAAGGACCACUGGACCAUACCGUCAAUGACUUCUGGAGAAUGGUUUGGCAGUGUGAUUGUGGUAAAAUUGUUAUGCUGACAAAUGUUUUCGAGGAAGGCAAGCACAAAUGUAUACAAUAUUGGCCAGAAGAAGAAAGUCACAAACUAGCAUAUGGAGCCAUUGAUAUCUUCUUGAUUAAAGAAGAGAUUUACUCUGACUUUGUCGUUAGAAUUAUAAAGAUGCAAAAGGGAAGUGAAAGCAAGGUGGUAAAACAAUUCCAUUUUACUGUAUGGCCAGAUAAAAAUGUUCCAAAAUACUCGUCAUCGUUAGUUCACUUUAGACACAAAGUCAACAACACAGAAGUGUCAUGUACGGGUCCUAUGGUUGUUCAUUGUAGUGCAGGUAUAGGACGGACAGGAACAUUUAUUGGUUUAGAUUAUGUGGUUAUUCAGGCAAAAGAAGUCGACUAUGUGGACGUGUUUGGGUGUGUCGAAGGUUUGCGAUGUCAGAGGGUUAAUAUGGUGCAGACACAACGGCAGUAUGUUUUUCUCCAUGAUGCAGUUUUAGAGGCACUUAUGUGCCCAAAUGCAGGAAUACCGUCUAAGGAUUUUCAGGAAGACUACAACAAACUGUUAGAAUUUGAUAGCAUUAAAAAGAAAGUAAAAUUACGUGUCCAAUAUGAGGCAAUGAACAAAAUUUCUCGAAGGCACGAAGAAGAAGAGUUUGAUAAGGGCAAAUCCUUAGAAAAUAAAACGAAAAAUAGAUACAGCAAUAUAAUGCCAGUUGGAUCUGAAAUACCACUUCUAUCUACUGCUGUUGAUGGACAUAAUGAUUACAUUAACGCUGUUUUCUUACCUGGGUAUAAAAACAGUAAAGCGUUCAUUGUGACACAGAUGCCACUCGAGGAUACCAAGGUAGAUCUGUGGAGAUUGGUGUAUGACUAUAACAUAUCAUCUAUUGUUAUGCUGAAUCAAAGCUACGAUAGCAAGGAUGUUUACUGGCCGGAAACAGGGGAAUUAUCAGUAACAUCAGGUCCGUUUAUCAUUGAACAAACAAACAUAGAGACCAGUCGGCUUUAUCAACUCCUUAAACUGAAGAUUGGGUAUAAUAAUAAGGACCAAAGAAAUCUCAAGAUUUUCCAAGCCAAAUUUUGGAGUGACAACGAUGUUGUUCCCAAGGACUCUAGUGAUAUUUUCAGCUUCAUUGACGUUGUCGAAAAUGACUGUAAUAAUAGCGGACCAGUACUUGUCCAUUGCCUAAAUGGUUGUGACAAGAGUGGGCUGUACUGUGUGUUGGCGACUGUUAUAGAACGACUGAGAAUAGAACAAGAUGUCGACAUACAACACAUCAUUAAACAAAUGAGAAACAUGAGGCCACAGAUUAUACCAAAUUAUGAACAAUUCCAGUUUAUAUAUGAAGCUGUAAUUGAAUAUCUACAAGAUUUUGAAACGUAUUCUAAUUUCCAGUGAAUCGUUUCCUCUAUGAAUGUCCGUUGGUUUUUUAAUAGAUCUGAAAACGUUGUCUUCAAUUUGAGAAGCGACUUUAAGCUACGGUUACAGAUAAAU